AUGGGCCUUCUUUCUUCAGGUCCCAGCCUACUGCUGCUGCUGUUUGCCAGCCUUCCCCUGGCUCUGGGGGACCCCAUGUACUCCAUGAUCACUCCCAACGUCUUGCGGCUGGCCAAUGAGGAGACGGUGCUGCUGGAGGCACACGAGGUGCAGGGGAAGGUCGCGGUCACCGUCUCCGUCCACGACUUCCCCGCCAAGAAGCAAGUGCUGCUCAGCGAGAAGACCGAGCUGACCCCUGAGAACAGCCACAUGAGCAGCGUCACCAUCAAGAUCCCCGCCAACAAGGAUCUGUGGUCCAGCAAGGGGAGCAAGUACGUGGUCAUUCACGCAAGCUUUGGGGCCGCCGUGGUGGAGAAAGUGGUGCUGGUCAGCCAGCAGAGCGGCUACCUCUUCAUCCAGACAGACAAGACCAUCUACACCCCGGGCUCCACAGUCCUCUAUCGCAUCUUCUCCGUGGACCAUGAGCUGCUGCCUGUGGGCCGGACUGUGGUCAUCACCAUCGAGACCCCCGAUGGCAUUACCAUCAAGAGAGAGUCCAUGUCCUCUCCCAACAAGAUCGGCAUCUUGUCUUUGUCCUGGGACAUUCCGGAACUGGUCAACUUGGGCCAGUGGAAGAUCCAAGCGCACUACGAAGACUCCCCGCAACAGGUCUUCUCCACUGAGUUUGAGCUGAGGGAGUAUGUGCUGCCCAGCUUUGAGGUCCAAAUAGAGCCGGCAGAGAAAUUCUACUACGUGGACGACCAGGAGGGCUUCCAUGUCACCAUCACGGCCAGGUUCUUAUAUGGGAAGAACGUGGAAGGAAUGGCCUUCGUCAUCUUCGGCAUGCAAGAUGGUGACCAGAGGAUCUCACUGACACAGUCCCUUUCCCGUGUCUUGAUCGAGGAUGGUACUGGGGAAGCCGUACUGGGCAGAGACGUUCUGCUGAAGGGGGUGGAGCCCUCCAAUGCCGACGCCCUGGUCGGGAGGUCCUUGUAUGUGUCUGCCACUGUCAUCCUGCACUCAGGCAGCGACAUGGUGGAAGCAGAGCUCACCGGGAUCCCCAUCGUAGUCUCCCCAUACCAGAUCCACUUUACCAAGACCCCUAAGUACUUCAAGCCAGCCAUGCCCUUCGACCUCAUGGUCUUUGUGACAAACCCCGAUGGCUCUCCAGCCCACCACGUCCCUGUCAUGGACCCCAACACCAAAGUGCAGUCCCUAACCCAGGAGGAUGGUGUGGCCAAACUGACCAUCAACAUGCCCAAUAGCCGUAGCCCCCAGUCCAUCACGGUACGAACCAAUAAGAACGGCAUCCCAGACGCCAGACAGGCCUCCAGGACGAUGGUCGCCCAGCCCUACAACCCCAUGGGUAACUCCAACAACUACCUGCACAUCUCUGUGCCUCGCUUUGAGCUCAAGCCAGGGGAGACCCUCAACAUCAACUUUCACCUGCGAGCGGACAACAACCUGCAGAGCAGGAUUCGGUACUACACCUACCUGAUCAUGAACAAGGGGAAGCUGCUGAAGGUAGGACGCCAGGUGCGGGAGCCUGGCCAGGACCUGGUAGUGCUAUCUCUGACUAUCACCACCGACUUCAUCCCCUCCUUCCGCAUUCUGGCCUACUACACGCUGAUAGGUGCAAACGGCCAGAGAGAGAUAGUGGCUGACUCCGUGUGGGUGGAUGUCAAGGACUCCUGCGUGGGCACGCUGGUGGUAAAAAGUGGUGAGAAGGAUGAGAAGUCACAUUUACCAGGACAGCAGACGACCCUUAAGAUAGAAGCUGACACGGGGGCCCGAGUGGGGCUUGUAGCUGUGGACAAGGGUGUGUUUGUGCUGAACAAGAAGAACAAGAUGACUCAGAGUAAGAUCUGGGAUGUGGUGGAGAAGGCAGACAUUGGCUGCACCCCAGGCAGCGGAAAGGACUUUGCUGGCGUCUUCAUGGAUGCAGGCCUGGCUCUUCAGACCAGCAAAGGCCUGCACACUGACCAGAGAACAGAUCCCAAGUGCCCGCAGCCAGUGUCUCGCCGGCGUCGCUCCGUGCAGCUGAUGGAAAAGAGGACAGACAAAGCGGGCCAGUACCAGGACAAGGAGGAGCGCAAGUGCUGCGAGGGCGGCAUGCGGGAGAACCCCAUGGGCUUCACGUGUGAGCACAGGAGCCAGUACGUCCUGGGCGAGGCCUGCAUCAAGGCCUUCCUUGACUGCUGCAACUACAUCACCCAGCUGCGGCUCGAGUACAGCCGGGACAGCCCCCUGGGCCUGGCCAGGAGUGACCUGGAUGAAGAAAUCAUCCCAGAAGAAGACAUCAUUUCCAGAAGUCAGUUCCCCGAGAGCUGGCUGUGGGAAAUAAAGGAAAUCAAAAGCCCAGGGAAGAACGGAAUCUCCACGGAGCAGGUGAGCGUUUUCUUGAAAGACUCCAUCACCACCUGGGAGAUCCUGGCCGUGAGCUUGUCCGACAAGAAAGGGAUCUGUGUCGCUGAACCAUACGAGGUCAGAGUGACUCAAGACUUCUUCAUUGACCUGCGACUGCCGUACUCAGUGGUCCGCAAUGAGCAGGUGGAGAUCCGAGCUGUCCUCUACAACUACCUGAAGAACAAGAUCAAGGUGCGUGCGGAGCUGCUCUACAACCCGGCCUUCUGCAGCCUCGCCACCGCCAAGAAGCGCCACCAGCAGGUCCUGGAGAUCCCGCCGGAGUCCUCUGUGUCCUUACCUUUUGUCCUCGUGCCCCUGAAGAUCGGCUUCCAGGAAGUGGAGGUCAAGGCUGCCGUCUACAACUUUUAUAUCAGCGAUGGUGUCAAGAAGAUCCUCAAGGUCGUGCCAGAAGGAAUCAGAGUCAACAAAACUGUGGCCGUCCGCACACUGGAUCCGGAGAACAAGGGGCAAAAUGGGAUACAGAGAGAGGAGAUCCACGCAAUAGACCUCAGCGACCAGGUUCCAGACACGGAUUUGGAGACAAGGAUCCUCCUACAAGGGACUCCAGUAGCUCAGAUGACGGAGGACGCCAUCGACGGGGAACGGCUGAAGCACCUCAUCGUGACGCCCUCGGGCUGUGGGGAGCAGAACAUGAUUGGCAUCACACCCACUGUCAUCGCCGUGCACUACCUGGACCAGACUGAGCAGUGGGAGAAGUUCGGCCUGGAGAAACGCCAGGAGGCUCUGGAGCUCAUCAAGAAAGGGUACACCCAGCAGCUGGCCUUCAGGCAACCCAACAACGCCUAUGCUGCCUUCCUGAACCGGCCGUCCAGCACCUGGCUGACGGCCUACGUGGUCAAGGUCUUCUCUCUGGCGGCCAACCUCAUCGCCAUCGACUCCGUGGUCCUCUGCGGGGCUGUCAAAUGGCUGAUCCUGGAGAAGCAGAAGCCCGACGGUGUCUUCCAGGAGGAUGGGCCCGUGAUCCACCAAGAAAUGAUUGGUGGCUUCCGGGAUGCGAAGGAGAAAGAUGUCUCGCUCACCGCCUUUGUUCUCAUCGCACUGCUGGAAGCUAGAGAGAUCUGUGAGGGACAGGUCAACAGCCUGGGGGGCAGCAUCAACAAGGCCAGAGACUUCAUUGAAGCCAAUUACGUGAAUCUGAAGAGACCCUACACGGUGGCCAUCGCCGGCUACGCCCUGGCCCUGCUGGGCAAGCUGGAGGGUCAGCAUCUCAACACGUUUCUGAACACAGCCAAAGAUAAGAAUCGCUGGGAGGAGCCUGGUCAGCAGCUGUACAACGUGGAGGCCACAUCCUAUGCCCUUUUGGCCCUGCUGGAAAUCAAAGACUUUGACUUCGUCCCUCCGGUUGUACGUUGGCUCAAUGAGCAGAGAUACUAUGGAGGUGGCUAUGGCUCUACCCAGGCCACCUUCAUGGUGUUCCAAGCUUUGGCUCAGUACCAGAAGGAUGUCCCUGACCACAAGGACUUGAACCUGGACGUGUCUAUCGACUUGCCCAGCCGCAGUGCUCCUCUCAAUUACCGCAUCCUCUGGGAAUCGGCCAGCCUUCAGCGAUCGGAAGAGACCAAGGAGAAUGAGGAUUUCACACUGACAGCAAAAGGAAAAGGCCAAGGCACCUUGUCGGUGGUGACAAUGUACCAUGCCAAGGUCAAAGGCAAAACCUCCUGCAAGAAGUUUGACCUGAGAGUCAGCAUAAGACCAGCCCCUGCCACAGUUAAGAAGCCCGAGGAUGCCCAGAGCACUAUGAUCCUAAACAUCUGUGCCAGGUAUCUGGGAGAUAAGGAUGCCACCAUGUCAAUCCUGGAUAUAUCCAUGAUGACCGGUUUUGCCCCUGACACUUCUGACCUUGACCUGUUGAGCAAAGGUGUGGACAGAUACAUCUCUAAGUAUGAGAUGGACAAGGCCUUGUCCAACAAGAACACCCUCAUCAUCUACCUGGAUAAGGUGUCACACACCAGAGAGGACUGUCUGACCUUCAAAGUUCACCAGUAUUUCAAGGUCGGACUGAUCCAGCCUGGGUCUGUCAAGGUCUAUUCCUACUACAACCUGGAGGAGUCCUGCAUCAAGUUCUACCACCCAGACAAGGAGGACGGCAUGCUGGACAAGCUCUGCCACAAAGACACCUGCCGCUGUGCCGAGGAGAACUGCUUCAUGCACCACACGGAGGAUGAGAUCACCCUGAACUAUCGGCUGGACAAAGCCUGCGAGCCGGGUGUGGACUACGUGUACAAGACCAAGAUGGUGAGGCAGGAGCUGUCUGAUGACUUUGACGACUACAUAAUGGUCAUAGAACAGCUCAUCAAGUCAGGUUCCGACGAGGUCAAGGUGGGAGAUGAGCGCCGUUUCAUCAGUCACAUCAAAUGCAGAGAGGCCCUGAAACUGAAGGAGGGGAAGCACUACCUCAUCUGGGGGGUCUCCUCUGAUCUUUGGGGAGAGAAACCCAACUCCAGCUACAUCAUCGGGAAGGACACGUGGGUGGAGCUGUGGCCAGAGCCUGAUGAAUGCCAGGAUGAGGAGAACAAGCAGCAAUGCGAGGACCUGGGCUCCUUCACAGAGAACAUGAUCGUCUAUGGCUGCCCCAACUGA